UCGUAAAAGAUCGUCGUUUAUUGAUGUCUAAAAAGGUUAAGGAAGGAAAUAAUUUAUUUUUUAAAAGUUAAGUAUUUUUUGUCAGGUUAAAAAUAAAAAUGAUGACAAUUGGAGUCAAGUUUUUGGUCUGUGUGCUAAUUGGAAGACCGGUGGGAAUACUUGGUGAUGUACAAAUUGAUUUCAAUUAUCCGAAUGGUUAUUCUAGUUAUUCAGAUAAUAAAGGGAUUAAGAGCUCUGGCUAUACAAGCAGACUGCAAUGUGCUCUUAUGUGUUAUGAUGAAAAGAUUAAAAAAUCGUUCCAGAUAAACAGUUGCACGUUUCGUGAGGAUGGUUAUUGUUGGUGUGGGUCCACAAGGUUAAGAAGUUUUAGUCCUGAUCUACAGUACCAAACUAAUGUUUAUAAUUUUAUACCCGUUUAUACUUCUUUAUCGACGAUAAAGAGUAAUGCAAGACCUGGAGGUAAUCUCAGAAUUUUCGUGUCUACCUUUCUACAAAAGAGAGGAAACGACAAAAUUAUUUAUUUUGCGUUUGAAGACAUGAAUGUACCUUAUAAUGCGUCACGAUCGGUAAGAUUUAAAUACGCAACAAGUACUGAAAUUAAGCAUCCAGCAACCAAGCAAACAUACAAAAUCUCAGAAGAAAUUGGAGAAACAAAUGUUGAAAUGUUGAAUCCGCAUUACUACAGUGACGUUCAGAUCGUUGAUAAUGAUAAUCAUAACAGCAACUCAUUCUGGAUAGCUACAAUAAGAGAAAACAACGCUAUGGUCAUCGUUGAUACAAGUGUUCAGUAUAAUAUAUCUCGUCCAUCAUAUUCUUGUCUUGUUAGUGCUGAGGCCAGCAAUGGAGAAUUUGAUGUGGAUUCAGAAGAUUUCGUGGUUGACAUAGAACUUACUACCACACGGGGAUGCAACAAAAAUGUGGAAGAUGUGUCGAUUUCGCUUUACAAUGAAGUUUAUUUAGAGCCAUACGAAGUAGACACUCAGCAUACAAAUACAUGCAUACCAGAAACAAGUUUGGAUAUACAAUCAACUCACAUCCAUGUUAAGUAUUGGAGGCUGUUUAUGUAUAGCCAGAUAUGCAUUCGGGUGCGGUAUCGUCACAGUGGUGUAAACAUGGGUGGAGAAGGUUCAAAGAGAACUACUGUAUUGGCUGAUAUUUUUUAUACUGGUUUCAGAAAUAACUUGAGCAUGACUUAUUCCAUUCAUCAAGAAUACAAAACAUCCAUUUCAAAAAAUGUCAAAGGCUUUCUUCUUUUCAAAGCAAAUUAUGCGUUAUGUGCUAGUUAUAACAAUGGACAUGGAAUGAUGAGCAUGAGAAACGACCGUUGUACCAUCUUUAAGCAUAUACCCUACAAUCUGAUGGCUUCUUCUGGAUCUUGCUCCUACAAAAUCCGCUCAGGCUUAUUAGGAAAGCAAGAAUGUAAUCAUCAGAAACGUCUGUCUGGGGAGACGACAGCUCUGCGUUGGCUAGACGGCGGAACAUACGUUAAAAUAGCAGGUAGCAAAGGAGACAAAGUUAAAUCUACUUAUGUCCAAGUUCCAUUCGCGAGACAGUACACAAAAAGUUUCGGGCUGAAACACAACGUAAAAAAAGUUAUAGAUAAGAAAACGCAAAUUGACGAUGUAUCUCUAUUGUGGAAUGGCCACGAAUUCUUCGUGUGUAAUUACGUCAAUAAUAGGUUUUAUCGAUGCAUCAUAUACAAGAAGGAAAUCUAUCGAGUCACGCCCUUGCCACCAUUGUUUGCAAGCGUACUAGGUUAUGACAAGAAAAGAAGGAUAACCAUUGGUUUCAGCAAGGAACGCCGUUACGUUGGGUUCCGUUCAAAGGACAAAUAUAAGUCAUUCUACUUGUCGCCAAAUUAUUGGUCAAAAUUGGAAGGCGCUGGAAACCUUGUGCUAGCUAAAUCAUACAACAGAAGUCUUUUAAAUGUAAGCAAGACUGAAGAAAAAUUUGAAGUUGGAAGUGACGUGUACACAGUUACACCACUUGGAUUGUACCACGAUGCUGAACAACAACACAUAAUUGUUUGGUACCCAAACGGCGACUGCAAAUCUGUAGUUGGAUCAUCAGAAGUGCUAGCAUUUUCAUCUUGUGCAGAACUUAAAAAAUAUUGCCCUGCUGCUGUAACUGGAACUUAUUGGAUUGGUUUGCAACAGCAACUUUGCACCAUGCCGGACGAAUAAAAACAUUUAAGAUCUCAGAACACGAAAAUUGCUUCGUUAUUCUCCAAUUCUCAUCAAGAGGUUGAGGCUACAUUGUGUUGGAGAAAGAACAAUGAAUUGAAUUGUGGGAACGGAUUUUAUGGUUACAUCAACUCCAACAAUGAUUUACAUUGUUCCAAUGUGGUUGCUUUUUAAAUUAUUGUGAUAUGAAUAUUGGAAUGUGAUGUUUUUUUCUAUGACGGUUAUACUUGUUUCCAAAGAAAAGGGGUCAAAAAACGAGCCAAUAAGUUGUUGUAAAAAAGUGACUGACCUUUUCUUAGUCCUACGUACUAACAUUCCUAUAAAGUUUCAAUUUGUAUUUUCUGCAGUUUACUGAACUAUUUUUUCAAUAAUCCUUUUGAUCUUCGACAGGAUUUUUAACAGGUGAACCAUUUUACUUAGCCAUUUUAUAAAUAUCGUAAAUAUUUUAAAUGUUACUUAUAUUAAAAAGCCACUGGCACUACAAGUUUAGGGCGGGGAAGAA